GACGCGACGCUCGCUCGCACGCGCGCAGGGCACACGCGAUGAUAAGAGUCUAUCAAACUUUACUAAAGUAAGAGGGACAGAUGAAGGUGGAUUUUACAUCCAUAUAAAGACAAAUAAAGCUCGUUUCUUUACUCACGUGUCCGUGAAAACUGCAGCUGCGUCUAAUUUCUGCUUUUAUGGAGCUCCGGUUCAUCUGUCUGCUUGUGAGCGCGUGCCUGUGUCUACCCUGCGCGCGCACCUCAGUGUCAAACUGUUGUGAGGGAGAUAUUUUACUUCUACUGGACUCGUCUGGUAGGAUGAACUCAAAUGAGUUUUCCAAACUGCUGCAGUUCCUCUCGGACCUCUUGCAGCCGUUUCUAUUGGGCCGUGGUCAGGUGAGGGUGGGGCUUGUGCAGGUAGGAACCGAACCAAGAUUGGAAUUUGGCCUGGACACCUACAAUACCCAAAAUGCCCUACGAGAUGCACUGAGGAGGACGCAGCAACUCCAUGGAGAGACAAACACAGAUGAAGCUUUGCGAUUGGCUCAGAGAAUACUGCAUGAUGAUGCUAACGCAGAAGCUCCGCCCAGAAUACUUCUCUGGCUCACCGAUGGGGUGUGGCCAGGGGCGGCGGAAGGACCAAUGGCAGCGCUGCGACGGCAGGGUGUGUCCGUAUUAGCUGUUUCAACUGGACCGGGAAAUUAUCAAACGCUGCUAAAUGUGGUGACUCCACCCACUGAAGCCCAUCUGUACUUUGUAGAUAUUGAUGACAUCAGCAUCAUUACUGCAGACCUGAGAGAGGCCAUCAUAGAGCUGAUUCGUGCGGAGCGUCUGCAGGUGCGUGAUGUUCGUUCCCACAGCGCUGUGCUACAUUGGCGGUCGGCUCUCAGUGAAGGUCUGAAGACUUAUGAGCUCCUCUACGGGCCCGACCUCUCUAAUGGCACCAAUAACAAACUCACCGUACCUGGGGACUUCAGCUGGACCGAACUCAACAACCUGCAGCCCGACACGAGCUACACCGCCCGGCUUAAUCCUGAAACCAACGCUCCCAACAUCAAAACCCUCAGUGUUACCUUCAGAACUCUGCCUGAGCAUUUUGGUCCUGUCACAGUGAUGGUGUCAGAUUUGGGUCCAGACCGCUUGCGUGUGAGGUGGGAUCCGGUCCAACCCCAUCAGGUCCAGCAAUAUCGUGUGGAAUAUGGGUCGAUUCCCAGCGGGCCGGUUCGUACUUUGACUCUGCCCUCGUAUCAAAACUCUGCCCUCCUUAAACGUCUCCACCAACACACUGAAUAUCUCAUCACCGUCACUGCACUGCACUCGUCAGGCCAGCAGAGGGCGAUGUCCAUCAAAGCCUGCACACAGGAAGUCGUCCCUGCGCUCCUUGACCUUCAGCUGAGUCCAGUGGGGCGGGGUUCAGUGCAGGUUGAUUGGCGGGGAGGUGGAGAGGGGCUGAUGGGAUAUUGGGUGAGUUGGAAGAAUGAAGAUCGGCCUUUAUCGUCUUCGUCUUUCUCGCGGUUCCUGCCUCCACGUUCACUGUCCACCCUGCUGACAGAUCUGUGUAACAGCAGUCGAGUCUGUGUAUCACCCGUGUAUCGAAGCGUCAGGGGCGAGGGCCUGUGCUGUACCGCACACACUUAAACUUAACUACACACAUGACUGCACAUAUAACUCUCUUUAUAAUACCAUAAACAAUCUUUUCUUUAUUGGACCUAAUUUGUCCAAAUGUGUACAGAUCCAUGCGGCAUCCAACACCUGAUUAUAACAUCUGACUGGAUUUAAUACAUAAAGAAUUGCUCAUUUAUACAAGCAGAGAUCUGUGUCUGCUGACACCUGGCGGCCAUCAUACAAAAAACAACAUUAACCAGAAGAGAUGUAUGAGAAAAAUAAAUGUGUUUUCUAAUGUGAAAUAAACAACUAUGACUGAAAUAUUUUUGUUUUUAAGAGAAAUGAAGAGGUUUUUUAUGUUACCCAGAGAAUAAACACAGUGUCCGCUAAAUCAGCUAUAUUUUUACAGUUUCAAUUAACAUUGUUUUUACUAUAUAUCAUAUAAGAUCAAUAUACAGGAAAUAUAAGAAGAGAAUCAAAAUGUGUAAUAUUUUGUAUUAAUUUAAUGUAUUUUUGUGUGUUGCUUUGAAUUAAGUCGUUUGCUAUAAGCCUAUAUGUAAUACUGUAUGUUUUACCAUAAUAUGACACCUGCAUCUUUAUAAGAAGAUCUAUAAAUCCGACAAAUAUAUUAGAUUAUACAUUUUAAAAUAAUAAAGUU